GCUUGUGAGUGACUUCUACAAAAAGGAAAAAAAAAACGAACCUAAACAGAUGUGCGAUUCAUGGAAUAUUAUGACAAUAUAAUUUUCAUCUGGGUCGCUAAUCUAGUGCAACCGAGCUGAGAAAAAUCCCUUGAAAUUUCUGAAGAUCAAGCAACAAUGGAGGUACAAGUUAACCAGUCAACAAUGGAGGUAAAAAUUAACCAGUCAGAGAAACAAGAGGAGGAAGAAGAGGGGGUAUUAUUGUACUACAAGUACGUGGAUGUACCAGAUACAGAGUCCCUCCUCCACUGGUUUCGUGAUGACUGCAGUGCUCUGGGCCUUGUUGGUCGGGUUCGCAUCGCCCCCGACGGCGUCAAUGUUACUGUGGGAGGAAAAAUGACAUCAUUGGAGAAACAUAUUGCUGCUAUUAGUUUGAAUACAUUGUUUAAAGGCUGUGACUUUAAACUUGCCUCAUGCCAUGGUCCUUUGGACCAACAGAUUGCAAAGGAAUGUGGUUUCACCUCUCUUUCAGUACGAGCUGUGAAGGAGGUGGUAUCUCUUGUUGCUCAUCCAUUGGUUAGAUCACCAUCAAUUUCAAAUGCUGGAAAACAUCUCUCUGCUAUUGAAUUUCAUUCAAUUCUUCAAAUGGCUGGUGGAAUGCUUCAGGAAGAUUGUGAUCUCAACCGAUAUGAUUUAAAUAAUUCACUUGAUUUUUUGGCUUCACAAUUAGAAUGUGAAACUGGUGAUCGCCAACAUCAUGAGGGAUUUGUUCUCUUGGACGCUAGGAAUAUGUAUGAAACAAGAAUUGGCAAGUUUCUACCACCAGGACAGGUUCAGACUUUAGUUCCAAAGAUUAGACAGUACAGUGAUUUGCCUGCUUGGAUAGAUAGUCAUGCAGAGCAGCUAUGUGGCAACAACAUUCUUAUGUACUGCACAGGAGGAGUUCGGUGUGAAAUGGCAUCUGCAUAUAUCAGAAUGAAAGGUUCAGGCUAUGAAAACGUCUACCAGUUAUCUGGUGGUAUUCAGCGAUACUUAGAGGCAUAUCCCAAUGGGGGGUUCUUCAAAGGAAAAAAUUUUGUUUUUGAUCCCAGGAUUUCAGUUGGGAGUACUGAUAUGAGAGUUAUUGGUUCAUGCUUACUUUGUGGUGAAUCUUUUGACGAUUACUCUUCACGCAGUCGAUGUUCUUAUUGCCGUAUGUUAGUCCUGGUCUGCAAUACAUGCCAGGAGCUGAGUACUUUGAAUAAGGAGAAUCGAACUUACCUAUGUGAGCUUUGUUGCAAAAAUGGUCCUAAUAUGUCAAAGCAUUGUGGAGAAAGUAAUGCAAACAUUUUAAAUGGCAGAUCCAGAAUUGAAGAAGUUGAGUUUGUUACCAUGAUGGAACAUGACUCUGUUGAAUUAGCUCAUGGAUUGGAGCAGAGUGUUGAACCAUGUAGGCCAGACGAAUUUAUUGGAGGCAGGAUGGGUGCACCUGUCAUAAAGGGCCCAUCCACAAGAAAAUUGAAGAUUCUUUGCUUGCAUGGGUUUCGCCAGAAUGCAUCUAGUCUGAAGGGAAGGUUGGCAUCAUUUGGAAAGAAAUUGAAGCACCUUGCUGAUUUUGUAUUUGUUGAUGCACCUCAUGAGGUGCCUUUUAUUUACCAGACUUUCAGAAACCAAACAAGCAAUGGCAGAGAUAAUGAUGAAACACUUGAGGGCAGCACUAAUUCAGUUAAUUACUCUCAAACUAAACUUUCAUUGCCACAGAACUGUAAGAAAAAGUUUGCGUGGCUGGUGGUACCAAACUGCUAUAAUACCAACUUUGCUUCUUGUCCUGCAAAUAUGACAUUUGAGUCAAGAACGAGUGCACAGGAACUUUUGGAACAGGAUACUAGUAAAUCAGAGGAGAUGAAGUGGAUUGAAGCCACCUCACCAUUUGACCCUUUGCAGUAUCAACAACAAUCAGCAGGAUGGCCAGAAACAGUAUCACAUCUUCAAAACAUAUUUGCUGAUAUGGGUCCUUUUGAUGGAGUUUUAGGAUUUUCUCAAGGAGCUUCGGUCGCAGCUACUCUUUGCACUCAAUUGCAGAAUAAUCCAGGCAUCUAUGAUGAUAUAGACUUCAAAUUUGUGAUAUUAUGUUCGGGAUUUCCAUCACCUGCUGAAACUUUUCAGCAGUUUAUAUCAAACCCAGGCUUUUUACCCAUAGAUUGUCCUUCCCUUCAUAUUUUUGGUGGUAAUGCUGCGCUUGACAGACAGAUAAUGUCUGACACAAGUAUGCAACUAGCCUCUCUCUUCAGGUCUGACUGUCGUGUUGUUGUAAAACAUUCUUCAGGGCACAUUGUCCCUGCCCAGUCCCCUUAUAUUGACAGAAUUAAAGAAUUUCUCACUCAAUUCCUUUGAUAUUUUGGCAUAGGCACUCAUAACACAUUGACAGAGUCUUGCUGAAAAUCAUAUGAGAUGUUUAUGCCUGUUAGAAUGAAGUCUUUUUACAUCCUUUGGCUAACAGCGUGUUUGUUCCUGUGUGACUCUGGUUAAUUCUGUUGAUCCAAGUAAAUUAUUGUCAAAAUCAACUGAUGUGAUUCACUCAAAAAUGUAUUUAUAAAUGGAGGGUCUUCAUGCACAA